AUGUUUUUCCGCACGGAAAAGAAGCCUUUCAUUUAUGAAACUCCGAUGUCCAAUCAUCUUGACUCACAAUUCUCACCGCCUGGGGACUCGCAAGAAGCCAGUCAGACUACUGCUUCUCCUCUUUCUCAGUAUAAACGGCCCGAUGGCAUCAAGAAAGAGAAACGACGGGUCGAGGAAAGCGAAUUCCGGCGUCAAAAGUUGAAACUCCUCGAGAAAGCCACGAAGGACGCCGACCGAAGAAUCACGGCAGCAAUGCGUCUGAAUGACAUUCAAGAGCGACUUGCAGCCACCAAAGAGCAGAACGCUGAGCUCAGGGUGAUGUUACAGAAUGUUGCUUCCUGUGCAGAUGACGAGCUUCGAGAAUAUCUCUGUGCUCGCAGGAAGGAGAUUAUGGAGAAGAUCAGAAAUCCCCGCCCCUCCGCCUCAAAUGCUUUGGUAUUGACUUCGGCUAAUGGUACAAACAAAAGAGAAGAUCAACUGAACGAUCCAGCCCAGACUCAGGACAACAAUACACUGGGUACUCCGAUUCCUUCAAAACACCGACAACAACUUCCUCUUGGCAAAGCUGGCCAUGAAAGUUCCCAAGAUCCCUUUCGCGAGGGGAUCCUUGAGCUUUCGUCCCCUUUGGCCGGACGCAACCCAAAUAUCAACCCUUACUUAUUUUAA